GAGGGGGAGGGGGCUGGAAAACCAAGGUACUGGACCGGUCUGGGUCUGAGCAGCCGAGGCAGGGAAGAACAACGUUGCCGCUAACCGGUUCUGUGCAAGGGUGGAUGGGACAGGGACACUGACAUAGCACCCAGAAGAGGGUCCCCGUGUGUCUCUGCAGGGACAUCAUGGAGACCUCUGGAGGAUGGCUGGUGGCCUGCGUGCUGGCCAUGACCCUGCUAUCGACGGUGGCUGAGGAUGUGUGCCGAGCACCCAACGGGAAGGAUGGGGUUCCAGGAAAACCAGGUCGCCCAGGGAGGCCGGGUCUCAAAGGAGAGCGAGGGGAACCAGGAGCUGCUGGCAUCCGCACGGGUAUCCGAGGCCUUAAAGGAGAACAGGGGGAGAAUGGACCCCCUGGCAAACCCGGGAAUAUGGGUAUCCCAGGGCCCAUUGGGCCCAUGGGGAACAGCGGCCCCCAAGGACCGAAGGGCAUUAAAGGCAACCCGGGCAACAUCAGGGACCAGCCCCGGCCGGCUUUCUCGGCUGUCCGGCAGAACUCCCUGUCAGCUGGCAACGUGGUCAUCUUCGACAAGGUCAUCACCAACCAGGAGCAGCCAUACCAGAACACCACGGGCCGCUUCACCUGUGCCGUGCCCGGCUUCUAUUACUUCACCUUCCAAGUGGUCUCCAAGUGGGACCUUUGUCUGUCUAUCGUGUCCUCCUCCAGGGGCCAGAUCAGGAACAACCUGGGUUUCUGUGACACCAACAGCAGGGGCCACUUCCAGGUGUUAUCGGGGGGCACUGCACUCCAGCUGCAGAGAGGGGACCAGGUGUGGAUCGAGAAGGACCCCACGAAGGGUCGCAUUUACCACGGCACCGAAGCCGACAGCAUCUUCAGCGGAUUCCUUAUCUUCCCGUCAGCCUGAGCUGGGGAGCCGUCCCCACACCCCGCACUCCCUGCCGGGGGAGGGGGGCACCACCCUGUGCCCCUUCUCUCUUCACUCUGCCAAGCGAAGAGGCUCGUGGGGGGGCUGGCUCCGAGGGCCCUGAGGACUGAUGUCUCUCUGCACACGGCCUGGCCGUUUCUUCAAGCACUUUCUGGAAUAAAUGACCCUGUUUGUGUC